AUGGCCAGGACGCGCCAUGCCUUCAUCACACCACUCGUCUUCCUCGUCGCCUCCCGCACGACGACCUGGGCAAUCUCCGUCACCGACGUCGCCGCGGACGUGCCCUCGGACCUCCGCGACGGCGUCACCGAAUCCGUCCCGACCUGCGCCGCGAUCUGCCUCGCCUCCUUCCUGCAGGUCAACUACGCCCGCGGCGACGACUCGGACCGGUACCUCACUCUCGACUUUGUCUGCGCUCACCGCGGCCGCUCGGGCUUCACCAUCAGCGAGGGUGCGCUGCAAUGCCUUGCCGCCGAGCAAAGCGUUGGCUUUUGCGGUGACGAUGCGUCAGGAGCCGCCGCCACGUCCAAGGCAAAUGACAUUUGCAGCGCUCAGACGGACGUCGCCAAGGCGAGGGGCGGCGUCAUCACGGCGACGCUCAAGUACGCCUCCCAGAGUGGCAUACUGACCUUUGCGCCCAUCACCACGUCCGCCUCGCCGCCACUGCCGAUACCCACGCCGACAAGCACCGCCGGCACGACGAAGACGAGCCCGUCCUCGACGACAGCCACCACAACGAGCACGCCGACCACGCUGAUCACAGAUACGCCGACAAGAAGCUCACAAACCACCACCACCACCGCAUCCUCGUCCUCCUCCACCACCUCCACGCCCACCCCAACAACCGCAGCCGCCGCGCCCGCCGCGGAACCGCUCUCAAAGGGCCAGAUCGCCGGCAUCUCCGUCGGCGCUGUGUGCAUCGCCGCCGGCCUCGUCCUCGGCAUCUUCCUCCUCACCCGCGCGUUCGUCCGCCGCCGCCGCCGCCGCUACAGCGGCUCCAGCUUCGGCGGCAACAGCCCUCCUGGCGGCUACGGGGUGGUCACGACGAGGCGCGACACCUGGGGCUACGGCUUCGAUAAGCCCAACAACGGGUCCGGGCGCAGCUCCCCCUGGGCCGUCACAGGCGGCAGCCUGUCGCGGUACCCGGCCAUGUCGGGGGCGGCGGGGCCGGCGCCGGCGGCAGGGCCUAACAACGGCUACAACAACAAUAAUAAUGACAGUAAUCAUCGUCUGCCGUAUAACCGGGAGAGCUGGCGGCCGAGUGCCAUCGGCCUGGCCAUCUCCCCGUCCAAGCUGCUGGCGGACAGGACAGCAAGAGCGAAUACCCCGCCGACGCGCGGCAACACGCCGACGCGCCCGUCGAGACCGCUGUCGAAGCUGCUGCCCGCCAAGCCGGACAUGCAGCAGCAGCCCGCGGCAGCGGCGGCGAUUUCCAGGACGAUCACCACCUCACCCACGCCGCCGCCGGCUCCGCCAAAGGGCUCAUCCUGCCAAGAAAGCCGGGGGACCCAAGUCCCCAAGCAGCAGCAAGACCUGUUGCACCCCAUCGCCGCCCAGUUCAUGCGCCGCCCCGCCCAGCGCCCGCCGUCCCUCCGGCUGUUCAUCCCCGACGCCGAGCCCCCGCCCAGCACGCCACCGCCGCCGUUCGCCGCCGCCGAGGACAAGGAGGUCCUCCUCCAACGCCCACCACCCGGCGGUCGCGAGAGCACGCACACCGAGUUUGAGGAGGACGACCUGCGCCGCUCCAGCUCCACCGCGGCCGGCCAGAUCUGGUGCCCGCCGCCAUCCGCCACCACGGCCGUCGCGCCGCCGCUGCCCGCGUCCGGCCUCUCCCCUCCGUACUACGUCUCCGACGGCCGCGGAAACUGGGUCCUCGGGGGUGACGUGCGGAGCCCGCUGAGCGCAGGUUCUAGCGAGGUGCUGCCGCGCAUCGCGACGGCGCGCACGGGCAUCGUGGCCACCGCCGUGGAGACGCAGAUCCCGCCCCCGCGGCGGUCCCCACGCGAGCCCCCGCCGACGAGUGAGACGCAGCAGCAGCGUCCGACUUCCCCGCAGGAACUCGCCGCGACGCCGCUGAAGCGAGAGGACACGCGGCCGCGGGAGGAGCCGAGAACGCCGACGUCGCGGAUCCGCUCACUCGUGGCCAAGACGGUGCCGUCACCGCUCUUCUCCCGGCAGUCGAACCCGCGCAACUCCUCCUCCGCCUCGUAUCCACCGCCGCCCAACCCCGCCGAGACCAUCCACGACGCGUCCUCCAACAACAAUGGGCGCCUACUGACCGCGCGGCCGGUCGGUGGCCAGGAGCGCGUGACGUCCACUGAUAGCGGCAUCACCACGUUCAGUAUCUCCUCCGCCGUCUCGGCCGACUUCUACAAUAGGAACAGCCUGCACCCAGCGCCGCCGCCGCCGCCGCCGCCGCCACUGCCGACGCAGGGAGCUCGCUCGACGAAUAACCUCUCUCCCGUUGCCGAGUCGCCUCCCCGCACCGCCACCGCAGGGGCCGCCGCCGCCGCCUCCUCCACCGCCGGCUCGUCGUCCGGCAGGGAUAGCCGCGUCUUCACGGACCCGCCGGUCACCGUGGCUGCGUCCGAGACGAGCAGCGGCGGCGGCGUCAGCCCCGUGUCGUACCCGCGCAUACCCGGUCGCGGCACGCCCGCGCUCCGCGGCCGCGCCAAGUUUCCCGGUGUCGCGCCGCCGGCCCUGUCGCGUGCUGCCGCGCAGCCUCGUCACGGCUCCCCCGGCCCGACGACGACGACCACGCAGCACCAUGGGACGAUUCCGUUUCCGCAACUACAAAAACAGCAACCGCUGCCGCCCUUGCACGCCCGAGGCCCGUCGGAUCCGCCCCGGUACUCCCGCGGCGGGGGCGGCAAGAUGCGAGGACGUGGUGGCCCCAUGAUGAUGCGCCCGCCGUCACACGACAUGGCCGGUGGUGGUCCGCCGGGGGUUCUCCGCCCGGCACCACCGUCACAGACACCUCAACCUCCGCAGCAGCAAGUCACCGGCGGCCCGCCCACCCUGCGCAUCGUCUCGCCCUCACCCGAGCCCGCGCGCGACGACCGCGCCCUGCUCCCCUCCUCCUCCUCAUCCACUCCGCAGCCGCCACCGCGCCGGCGCCCACCGAGCCACCUCCCGCACCCGUUCCCCAUGUAUCCCAUCUCCCGUUCCCGCCUGCAACAGCAGCCCACCCUCCCCGGCGACCACCGAAACAGCCUGAGCCGGUACCCCGGGAUGCCGAUGCCGCGCCCGUACAAGCCGCAGGACCGGCCCGACCCCUGGCGGCCACCGCGCGCCUCCACGUCGCCGUCGUACGACGCCGCCGCGCACGACAACAACAGCCAGGAGGCGCUCGCCACCACCACCACCGCGGCCUCGUCGCCGGCGUUCUCGCCGUCGCUGCUGGCGAAGCGCGUGGGGUCGACGCGCGCGGCCGACAUGGCGCUGCCCCAGCAGCAGCAUCCAGAGCGAUGGCGGCAGCAGCAGCAGAAAGGCGGGAACGGAGAGGUGAAAACCAAGGUUCCGGAGCGUCCGGCGACGCCCGAGUUGCCGAGCACGCCGACGUGGUUGCCGCGGUUGACACCGACGCGUCGAGGGACGGACUUGGUGUUGAAUGUGGGCUGA